AUUGGUAAAUGUUUCAUAUCAAAGCUCCAAUUACAGAAAAAAAAUGCUGAAAGCCGCCUCCAAUAAGAUACUGAUGGAGGGAGCAAUGGGAACGCACAUAUUCAGAAAUAGAAUUCAAAGUUUCAUCUGCAAAAUAGCAUCAAGCCACCAUAAUCAAACUCCAAUUCAUCCAUGGUCGAUAACGAAGAAUUUUAGUGCUCCACAUUAUCUCAAAGUGCCCAAUAUAGCAAGCCAGCACAGAGAAACAGUAAAGGUUUUUGCGAUAAGGAGGAGAAGGGCAAAUACGCAGACAGACACAUAUGUGCUAUUGGAACCGGGACAGAAUGAGGAGUUUGUCUCCGAGGAAGAAUUGAGAGGCAGGUUGAAAGGUUGGCUCGAAAAUUGGCCCGGAAAGACCCUGCCCCCGGACCUUGCAAGGUUUGAAACCAUUGAUGUUGCUGUAACAUACCUAGUAAAGUCUGUCUGUGAACUUGAAAUAGAUGGAGAUGUUGGUUCAAUCCAAUGGUAUGAAGUUCGUAUGGAGUGAGAAACAAUGAUUUGAGUUUUAGUCCCCCAAUAGAUGUCACACGUAUUUUCUUAAUUUCCGUGCUUUUAAGAUGACAUGAAACAUCAUGAGUUUGUAUCAGUGUAAAAUGCAUCUUGGCCGUGUUUAGUUAAUGGAUUGUAUAUCUUUAUUGAUUUGCAUAAAGAUAAUUUCAGGACUUGUAGAUUAUAAA